AUGGAUACCGUCAAGGCUGCGCUUGAACGGUGCAGGCCGAGCCCAGCUGUCCUCGAGAAGCUGAUGGCUAUCAAGCAGAAGACUCCUGUCCUCAGAGACCUCCAUUAUAAUUUUAUAUGUCUACACUAUGCCUGGAUCAUCGGUGUGACGCUUGUCGGAUCUAUUAUCCUGUACCCGGGCGGAAACAUGACCUACGUCGAUGCGCUCUUCUUCGCCUCCGGCUCUGCCACCCAGAGUGGGCUCAACACCAUCGAUGUGAACCGGCUCUACACGUACCAGCAAGUCUGGCUGUGGAUGGGCUCCAUGAUCGCCAAUCCAAUUGUCAUCCAUUCGGCCGUCGUCUUUGUCCGGUUAUACUGGUUUGAGCAGCGGUUCCAGCACGUUGUCCGCGAGGCGAAGGCGCUGAGGAGAUCACGGUCACGCUCCAGGGCGAAUACUCGCGAGCCAGAUGACGGCAACGACGUGCACCGGGCGGAGGCCGGAGUUCGUGGUCGUGACAUUGUAGUGCUUCGGAACAACGAAGGCCAUGCGCAGGGACGGUUCCUGGAUGCCCCGAAGAAGGAGCCAGAGACCACCUCCGAGAGUGGUUCGUCCCUCCAGAAUCCUGCUGAAGGGCAGCAGGGCGAGUCGACGGCGAACGGACAGCAGGCCAGGGAGGGUCCCAAGGUGGACGACUCCCUGCUUGCGCCGUCUCACUUCCCCGGAGACGCGAGGAUACAGUGGUCUGUUCCGUCGGACAGUGAACGACACAUUACAUUCCUCGAGCACCAGAGGAGGCAGACCGGAGCUCUGCGUAUACCCAGCCCCCGAGAAUAUGACAGAGGUGGCGUGCCAGAGGCACUCGAUGAAACGGAGGGGUCUGAGUUACAUCGCAACGCCACGGUUCAGUCGGACCCAUCGGCCGACCAGACGGGUACUUCUCUCCCAACAUCUCCGGGGCCAAUCAACCAGCAUAUCACUAUCGACGAGCCAAACAUUACCCGCACACGCAAGGCCACUCAUUCUAGACAGGGCGAGAGGGACGUAGACGACACCUCGACCAUUCGGCGGGUGACGUCCCGAAAGUCAAUGGUGGCAAGCUUCCUACGCUCUCGCACCCAGGACCAAACCCAGGAGGCGCCGUACCUCAGCUGGGAGCCCACGAUAGGGCGAAACUCUGCCUUCGUGGACCUGUCCGAGACCCAGCGCGAGGAACUAGGCGGCAUCGAGUACAGAGCGCUCAAGACUCUGGCGGUCGUCCUUUUGGGCUAUUUCUUCUUCUUCCACCUUCUUGGAAUCGUCUGUCUGACCCCCUGGAUUUUGAACACCAGAUGGGGAGAGGUUGUCCGCGCCGCUGGCCAGGGACGGCCCUGGUGGGCGGUGUUCUCUGCCGGCUCCGCGUUCAACGACCAGGGCUUCACCGUCACUCCUGACUCUAUGCUGUCGUUUUAUGAUGCGGUAUUCCCCAUGCUUCUGAUGACGUUUCUGAUUCUGAUCGGAAACACGGGGUUCCCCUGCAUGCUGCGGUUUAUCAUCUGGUUUUUCUCCAAGAUCGUGCCUACGGGGAGCGGCGUGUGGGAGGAGCUGAAGUUUCUGCUGGACCAUCCGAGACGCUGCUUUACGCUGCUGUUCCCCAGCUCUGCGAAUUGGUGGUUGUUCUGGGUUCUCGUGCUACUCAACGGCGUCGACUUGAUCUUCUUCGUCGUCCUCGACUUGAACGACCCGGACGUCACACGCAUCCCGGGCGGGAUACGGUUUGUCGACGGUCUCUUCCAGGCGGCCGCCACGAGAACCGCGGGCCUGUCGGUGAUCAGUCUGACGACCCUCCACCCCGCCAUCCAGGUAUCGUACAUGAUCAUGAUGUACAUAUCCGUCUUCCCUAUCGCCAUCUCCGUGCGUCGGACCAACGUGUACGAAGAGCGCAGCCUGGGCAUCUACUCCGACCCCGACGAGUACAGCGAGAACGAAAAGGAACCCAGCUUCGUGGGCGCCCACUUGCAGAAACAGCUUAGCUUCGACAUCUGGUACAUCUUCCUGGGCCUGUUCGUCAUCUCCAUCAUCGAGGGGACCCGUCUGGACAACCAGACCGACGUGGGCUUCUCGCUGUUCGCGGUGCUGUUCGAGGUGGUGUCCGCCUAUGGCACGGUGGGCCUGUCGCUCGGCUACCCAAACAGCAACGCUUCUUUCUCGGCGCAGUUCCACACCCUAUCCAAGCUAGUGAUUAUCGCGAUGGAGAUUCGAGGGCGACACCGUGGGCUGCCAUAUGCGCUCGACCGAGCGGUACUGCUACCUUCGGAGGCUCUCCACCGCAAGGAAAUGGACGAUGCAACGAAGCGGCUGAGACGCCGCAACUCGAACGUCAGCGCCAUCUCUGCUGCGACCGGACAGGCCUCGGGCCUCUUCCGGGACGAUGGAGGGCUGAUGUCCCGGGCUUCUCACUCUCAACCUGCUGGGCCGUCGGAUGGACCGCCCAACACCGCUUCUUCGGGGAGGGCAAAGCGCCUGUCUACGCACCAGGAGAACGCUUGA